GCUUGUAUUGGUAAUUACAUCUCAUUUUCAGUUCAUUUUCAUUUGACUUGGAAUUUACCAAUAUGAGCGGCAAAUGGAUUCCUCUUGAAUCAAACCCUGAUGUAAUGAACAAGUAUUUGGGACUUUUGGGUGUCCAUUCAUCUCUGCGUUUCUGUGACGUAUGGGGAUUGGAUCCAGAUCUGCUCCAGAUGAUUGCUCGGCCAGUCAAAGCGGUCGUUCUUUUGUUUCCGAUAACCAAAAAGUAUGAGGCAUUCUGUAAAUCUGAAGAGGCAGAGAUUAUCAGGAGUGGCCAGACAGUCAGUCCAGAUCUAUACUUUGUGCGCCAGACGAUCCCCAACGCUUGUGGAACCAUUGGACUAUUGCACGCGUUGAUAAAUAACAAGGAUGUUCUAGAUCUGCGUGAUGGGCCGCUUUUUCGCAUGCUGGAAAGAACAAUGAACAAGACACCAGAUGAGCGUGCAGCAGCAUUGGAGGCUGACCAGGACUUGGCUGAGAUGCAUAAGCUAAGUUCGGUCGAUGGUCAGACAGAAGCUCCAAGUGCUGAUGAUGAAAUAGACCUUCAUUUUAUAUGCUUUAUCGAAAAAGGCGGCAAUGUUUAUGAGAUGGACGGUCGUAAACCAUUUCCAAUCAAUCACGGACCAACGACUGGAGAUCUACUCAUGGCAAGUAAACAAGAUUCUGUUGCGGUUAUACAGCGAUUCAUGAGUCGAGAGCCAGAGCAAGUCAAUUUCAGUAUUCUGGCACUUGCAGCUUCACAAAAUAAUGAGUAAACCCAAAUAAACAGUAUGUAUCC